ACCAACAAUAAUAUAAAUUUCCGUCUGCCAUAAUCAUAUUAUAAACGGGCAUUUUUAAUAGGUAAUUUUAUUGUUUAGAAGGUAGGGUGUAGGCUGUAAUUCAAACAGAUCGCGCGAUUCGCAUUAGAAGUAAUCAGUCGGCGUCGGCGGUAGUUGCUAAUGGUAAAAAUAAUGGUUGGGUUCCAACCAGCGUGUGUGUUGUGAGAAUUGCGCUUAUUAUUUGAAUCAUGGAGGUGCUUUCGUCGCCGCCAAAUAUUAAAAUAACCGUUGCGGCACCGGAAGGAGAAAUCCCCAAACGACGAGUGAGCAUCGUAGAAGUUAAUGACACAGUUAGAGCAGAUUCACCUAAAGGAAAGGGGAUUUUGCACGCACUUAGUCCAUUUGUAGAAAACGCUUCUUAUGCCACAAAAGACGGUAAUUGCUUAGGAAAAAAGGAGAAUGGGGACGCUGCACCAGGCGGCUUGUACAAAACUUGCAGCUAUUCGAGUUCGGAAAACCAAUAUCCAGCUGGACGUAAAGAUGAUGGCAGAUCUUGGUGGUAUAAAUUUUGCGUAAAGUGCCGCGGCGAAGAUGAGUCGAUACCUUCAUGGGAGCCCCAGGCAUGGCCAAGAUUCUGCCCCUAUCCAUUCUUUCCUACAUAUAGACAAUUUUCCCGAGUGGUUUGCUUAGUUUUAAUAGGGUUCCUUUCUUGGUGCGCCAUAUACUCUAUAGUAGGAGAAACAGCGGCUCCUCCACAUGGAAAACUUUUCCAGCUCAUAUUCCUUAGUAUCUGCGCAUACCUUGGUGGAUGUCUGACGAGCCUCACCACCCUUCCAGCCCUUAUAGGGAUGCUUUUUACAGGGCUGUUGCUCCAAAAUGUCGGUAUCGUCAACUUGGAUGACUCUUUUGCAGAAGUUGCAAAUAAAAUCAGGCAUGGGGCUCUAGUGAUAAUCCUGAUUCGAGCAGGUCUGGAUCUGGACCCGAAAGCCCUGUGGCGCCUCAAGUUUAUUGUAGUUCGACUGAGCCUGAUUCCAUGGAUAGUGGAAGGAGGCGUUUGUGCGAUAUCUUCAAGAUUCUUCCUGGGAAUGGCAUGGGAUUUCUCCAUACUCUUAGGGAGUAUUAUAGCGGCUGUUGCACCAGCGGUGGUAGUUCCAUGUCUUUUCAGAUUGCGCACCAAAGGAUAUGGAGUGGCCAAAGGAAUACCCACUUUGAUAAUAGCAGUGGCUAGUAUUGAUGAUGCCACCUCAAUUGCAGUGUUUGGUAUCAUUAAAAGUAUCAUGUUUGUCCAUAGUUCGGUCACCUCACUGAUCCUACAAGGACCGGUGUCCAUUUUUGGGGGAUUUGGCUUUGGCGUUUUAUUUGGCUUACUGUUACGGUAUGCACCUGAACGGAAUGAUAAAUUUGUGGUUCCCUUCAGGAUAAUUAUGCUCCUGGCAGCAGGAAUGGCUGCGAUUUACUUCAGCGAACACUUAGGAUAUGGAGGAGCAGGGCCAUUGGGGGCUGUGGUGGCAGCCUUUGUUUCGUUGGUUUUCUGGACGAAACAAGGAUGGGACAUUGAAGACAACCCUGCGUCCACAGCCUUUGAAAUAUUCUGGAUGAUUGUUGAACCUGUACUUUUCGGAAUCACUGGGGCUCAAAUGAGAUUCGAGGAGCUUCAUGGAACAGUUGUGCUGAUCGGAAUCGGCAUUUUGCUACUAGGAGUGGUUAUAAGAAUUUUCACCACUUUGAUCACAGGGAUUGGUUGCAGUUUGAACCUGAAAGAGAAACUAUUCUGCGCUUUGGCUUGGAUGCCAAAGGCAACCGUUCAGGCUGCUCUGGCUCCCAUUGUAUUAGCUCACGUAUCAGAUACCACGUCCAAGGAAUAUGGAUAUGCCAAGAAAAUAAUAACACUUUGCAUACUGUCUAUUAUGAUUACCACUACAAUAGGGGCGGCUUUGGUAAGCUUGCUAGGAAGUAGGCUUUUACGAAAAACCCGAUUCGCCGUCGAGCCUGAGCAAUGGAGACGAUCCCACAGGCCCUCUGUAAGGGAUAUCAGCAUUAUUGAAGAAGACGAGGAAGUGGAUGAGGAUUCGGAGGCACAAGCCCAUAAUGAAGUUGUGGAAAUCGCCACUAUGGACAAUAAUGAAGCUCAGGCGGAUGAAAGUAGUGCAAAAGCACCAAUGGAAAAAGAUGUUGAAGAUACCUUGACCAUGAAGCUUCGUAACGCUGAAACGGUUAUGGGACCGCAGAAAUCACUCGGUUCCAACGAGGAAACCAUCAAGGGGGUUGCCCAAGACAAGUGAAUAAUUUUUACAGAUUUGUUGUUUUUGUUAUUUUGUUAAAUAAACUUGUGUUAAUUAAUUAAAUUCUAUUUUCCGA